AUGUCUUCUUUUUUCCUUACCUAUGUAUUCAUCACCACUCUCAUCUUCUUUUCAUCAUCUUUUGUUGCCGAGUCCACUGUACCUUCUUCAAAGACCUUCAAAUUCACAAAUAAAGGAGAUUUCGUCAUAGCGUACAUCGUCGAAUAUGGUGCCGCUAUCCGUGCUCUCUCUUUGUCCAGUUCUCCUUUCCAACUUUGUUUUUAUAGCACCACUCCUAAUGCAAUGGCUAGAACCACUGGUAAUGCAUAUACACUUGGUUUGAUAAUGGGAGAUUCUUCAGAGUCCCCCAUGAUGUGGGUCUGGGAUGCUAACCGUGGAAAUCCGGUUGGUGAAAAUGCCACCUUGACCUUUGGUGCAGAUGGUAACCUUGUAUUAGCUGAUGCAGAUGGUCGAAUAGCUUGGCAGACUGGUACUGCUAAUAAAGGUGUUGUGGGUGUUAAGAUCUUACCGAACGGCAAUAUUGUGCUUUAUGAUAGUCGUGGAAAAUUUAUCUGGCAGAGUUUUGAGCAUCCAAGUGACACCCUUUUGGUUGGCCAGAGUUUACAUGCAAAUGGUCCGGAUCGCAUAAGCAGCCGUUCUUCUGAUGCUGAUGGAUCUGAGGGUCCCUAUAGUCUUGUUUUAGAAAAGAACAGACUGAACCUAUAUCUUAAGAGUAAAAACCUCAAGAAACCAUUAAUUUAUUACACUUCUGACUGGCUUGGAACCAGUGAACCAAUGACUCGAGCCUUGUUCAGCAGCUCACCAGAAACGGAAGAAGCUUAUGCAUAUGAGUUAUCAUUUCAGUUUUUUGCAGCUAAUUCUUCAGCAGGAACAACAAUCUUGGGAAGACCCAAAUACAAUAGUACAUUUUCCUUGCUCCGAUUAGGAUCUGAUGGCAGCCUGAAGAUUUAUACAUAUUACGACAAAGUUUUAUACGGUAUCGGUGUUUGGGAAGUGACGUUUAAUUUGUUUGACUUGAUAACCGGAAACGGAGGUGUAAGCGAGUGUAAGUACCCGAACAAGUGUGGACCUUUAGGUGUAUGUGAGGAUGAACAGUGUGUUGCAUGUCCAACGGCUAAGGGAUUAUUAGGGUGGACCAAGAAAUGUGCACCUCCAACACAGCGUAAAUGUGAUAAUACUGGUAAGACCAACAAAGUGGAUUAUUUCAAGGUCGUGGGUGUUGAACAUUUCAUGAGCGAUUAUAGCAAAGGAGAAGGAUCUUUGAAAUUGGAUGACUGUAGAAGUAAGUGUAGUAAAGAUUGUAGGUGUUUAGGCUUUUUCUACAAACAAGAAUCUUCAAAUUGCUUGUUAGCUCCGAUGUUGGGAACAUUAAACAAAGUAGCUAACACUUCUCAUGUUGCUUACAUUAAACUUUAA